UAUUUGUAUCAGUAAGGUUCUAGAAUUCGUCUUGACAUCAACGCAGUCACUUGGAUACUACCAGGAAGAACACGCCGAAAACCCUCCAACAUGAGAUCCAACGGAAUCUUAAAGUUUUUCGGACCUAUUUUGCUGACUCUAUUAAUAGCUAUUUUGGCUGUAGCGGUUGCUGAUAAUAACAGAAUGGGCAAAUCAAGACUUGGGGCUCUCGAAGGGCUAGCGCAAGUAGCUGAACACCGUCAAUCGAAAUGGUUGAUUGAAAAAUUCAAACGACAAAAGGCACCGAAAUCUCACUACGGGAAGCCAAAAUCUUAUUUCAAGGCACCCAAACCCCAAUACAAUGCACCGAAAGCUCCGCAAUACAGCCCACCGCAAGAAAACUAUUACCAAAAUCCGACCCCAUACAAAUCUGCAUACCCCACACCGGUCUAUAAUCCGCCUCAAUUAACGUCGAGCCCAUCGCCAAACUAUUAUGCAAACCCAUCUCCGUAUAAUGCGCCACAAUCAGCUUACAGGCAACCGGAAGCUCCUGUAAGCCCCCCUCAGCCGGAAUACCCCCCUCAGCCGGAAUACCCCCCUCAACCGGAAUACCCUCCUCAGCCGGAAUACCCCCCUCAGCCGGAAUACCCUCCUCAACAACCUAUCGUCCAACAUCAUCAACCCUAUCCUGAAGCAGGCAACUAUAAUCAGCAACAACAAUUACCAGAACCUGUACCAAACCCAAAUCCUUUUGAGAAUCCGUACAAUGCACCUCAACCAGCUUACGGGCAGCCGGAAGCUCCUAUUAACCCUCCCCAGCCAGAAUACCCUCCGCAACAACAACAACCGUAUCCGGAGACGGGCAGCUACGACCAACAACAAUCAGAACCGGUACCAAACCAUUUUGAAAAUCCGUACAACACUCCCCAAGCAGCUUAUAGGCAGCCGGAAGCGGCUAUCGACAUACCCCGGCCUGAUUAUGGCCGAUUGCAGCCAACAAACAGCCCAUCCCAAACCGAGCAUAACCCUCAAGAGUUAUCUGGCCCAUCCCAACCUGCGUAUAACCCACAAGAGUUGGCUGUUCCAACCCUACCUGCUCCACAGAACAUACCGCAUCCGGAAGUGUCAAGUAAUCAGGUCAGUCCGGAGUACUCGCCUCAACAACAACAACCAUAUCCAGAAACGAGCAAUAGCAACUACCAACAACAACAAUCAUCGGUACCAGUAACAGAAUCUUAUAGAGAACCUGUCGCCAACCACCCGACACGACAGCCACACCCACAAGCGGUCAAUGUUGUUCCACAUCAACAACCUUACCAAAAUCCGGUAGUAAGUAAUAACAUAGCGCAACAAGUGGUUAACAAAAUCCCUCAACAACCUUACCCGAAGCCUACCAUCAACAACAACCCUCCGCAACAACCUUACACCCAAGCUGUCAACAACAUUCCGUCACAGCCACCCUAUCAAGAGCCUGUCACCAACAACCCCCCGCAACAACCUCACCCUAAUUCACAAGUAAACAACAUUGCGCAGCGGCCACCUUAUCAAGAACCUAUUAACAACAAACCUCCGCAACACCCUCAUUCGCAAGUGAACAACAUUCCGUCACAGCAAUCUUACCGCAAGCCGGUUAGCCCCAACCCACCGCAACAACCUUACACACCAGUGGUAAACAACAUCCCACAGCAACACCAUUCGGAAUUGGUCGGAAACAACGCACCAGAAGAAUUGACUGAUUAUUUAAAACCGGUUCACACGGAAGCUCCGCCGAAUCCAUCGGAAACCAGCACGACGAACUAUAACAGCUACGACUCCCCAGUAGAUUUUCCUCCCGCAUCCGUCGAGGAGCAAAGUUUCUUUUCUCCUCCGCAAACAGCGCCGGACUAUGACGAUUCUCCGGUAAACCCUCCUGUAGUCUCCUCACCAGUAGCUCAUUCUCGUCCAACAUUCACCGAGGGCGAGUUUUCUCCGGCAGUUGCAGAUUCUCCUAUUUUCUACAGCGACUACACACCAGCAGAAAAAGUUAAAUCAGCUAACGAUGAUUCGAACAAGGGAUUUUUCGAAUUCGGUAUUUUCCCCAAAAGUAACAGUUUCUUUCUACAAAAUUACAGAGGAUAAAUGGAUAUGUUCAAUAUAACUUCCUAUCCGCCAAACGAUGUUUAUCGUAAUACGACAGAGAAGAACUUUUGAUAUUUAAUUUAAAUGCAUAUUAUAGCCUCGUAUAAAGCUAUAGUCUAUUUGAAUCCCUUUCACAUCACUUGUUAUUAUGCAAUAAUAACAUAAUAAUGCACGGAUUAAUUGUCUUUUUAUUAUUAUCUUGUUAAUUGUUCUUGUUAUGAUCACCCUAGAUGCUAAUAAACCCCAUCUAGUUCCAUA